AUGGAGUCGAAGUCGCAUGAGACACCAAGCCCGUCUGUGUCAUCCGGGUUUCUUCCGCUUGGACGACGCGGGUCACGAGCAUCGAUGGCAACAACUCAUACCGAUCGAGAAAAUAUAAACGCAGCUCUUGACCAGAUCCACACCGCCGCGUGCCAAUCCGACUCAUUGACGCUUUUCAAUGAAUUCACUACACCACCUGCACCGGCAUCGGCAAUAGAUGAGAAGGGGCUUUCAGAAGAACUACAAGGAGGACUGAGCGGGCUAUAUAGCCGUUUCAGGACCUCGGUCGGGGGAAUCGUGAGCGGUGGAACAAGAUCUGCAGACAGAAGUGCGGCAGAGACGCCUGCUGUUAAGAGCCCGAUCUUGGAGUCUUCAAUGGUAAAGUCAGUUUCUGAUAUAGCGACUGGCUCGGGCGAUCAUCAAUCGUCACAUGCGAACUCGUUGCAGGGUUCAAGACUUCAUUCGCCAGUGGCAACACACUUUCAGAUCAGCCAGGAAGCUGCGCCUCAACUGAACGCCGGGAAAAGCUCUAAGAUCUCUUCGCAAAGUGCUAGCGUAUCUUCGAAGACCUCAAUAUCUCCUUCUCCGGGAACUAAAGCCAACAUUGGCCCACUGACCAAAUCUACCGGCAACUCGACCGCAGCGGAUCCUGCCAUCACCCAGCUCCAUGCGAACGCUCGACGCUCUAGAAGUAGCUCUGUCAAUAUAUCUCAGCAGGGACUCAAAAAUGCAGAAUCUGCCAGCAUUGCCAGUGGGGAUGGGUCCAUGGAGCCGCCUCUGAGUCAAAGUUCCUCUGUCUUAAGUCAGAAUAUUUCGCACUCGCCAGUACUGUCUAUCAAGACACACGGAGGAAUUCACGACGAGUCAAAUGUACCAGAAAGCAGUGGACCCUUUACUCCGACCAGCAAUGUCUCGGAUGUUCCAUCUAGAAAGCUGGUACCUGCAGAUCAGCCGAGACCAGCGGAAAGCUCCUCUCAAGUGAUUGCUCCGCGAAGCUCAAAGCAUGCUGAGCCAAUUCAAGACGCAGUUUCUCAGGCUCAGGACAGCAGCUCAGCCUCGCGCAUGUCUUUCGGCUACGAUGACUCAAAUGCUGGCUCAGCAUCGGAUAGCAUCACUUCAAUGACCCACGAAGGCACAGAGGGAAGCCAGCUAGCGAACCCCUCCACUGCCACAAAGUCUGGUGAAAAAUCAAAACCACCCCCAACAAAUAAUCGAUUGCCCGGUUAUGGACUUUCGCGAGCAUCUACUUCGGAGACAACCACCACGAUUUCUUCUUUGCCACCCUUGAAUACCAAUGUUGGCCGGGUCACGAGUCAGGCUUCUCGGGACCGUCGUGAUGCAUGGCCUCGAGACGGAAUGCUAUCACAGCUGGGAAGCAGAUUGCUUAGCAGAGAUUUUUGGAUGCGUGAUGAAAACGCCAAGGAUUGUUUUCACUGCGGAGAACCGUUCACGACAUUUCGCAGGAAACACCACUGUCGUACAUGUGGCCAGAUUUUUGAUUCAAAGUGUACACACCUUAUACCUGGGACCCGGUUUGGGCAGCCCGGCUCCAUAAGGGUCUGCAAGCCCUGCGAGGCGAUGAUCAAUGGCCAUGAUGAUGACUCUUCCGAAUUUUCUGACAGCGAACAGAGUCCCAUCAUGAUGAAUCCGCGGGUUUCGGAACUGAAUUGGGGCGGCAACAGUGCCCGCCCACCCGCGGACGAUGAUGACACUGCGUCCGUAAUAUCUCAAUCCAUUGAUCAUGUUCUUAGAACUCCAACCAUGGCCAUACCGGCGACACGACGUGCAGGUGAGGGUCGAUCAGCGGUUUUGGAAAUAAAUCCCGACCGCCCUUUGGCAAGACCGACCUCAUCUCGGUCUCUCAGAUCUUCCCUGGGAGGGAGGCCACAUUCAAUGGGCCACAAGCGUCAUCACUCUCGCCAACAGUAUAUUCGGAGUUUCAAGUCGUAUCACGACGACCGAGCACCUUUUCAACGCCGCCACGCUGAUGACUUCAGCACAGAGUCUCGGUUGCCUGCCUUUCACAAAGACAACAUCAUUGACCCAGCUCUGGCUCAAUAUCUUUCAGAUGACGCGUCAAGUGGGGACGAACAGCCAAGUUUGCUAGCAGCUGUUUCAGAAAGUCAGUUCUCAAAAAGUGGCGGCGACAGUGAGCGGAUUCCAUUCGGCGGGUUGCUUGCAGCCAUGAAGAAGGGAAGAUCUGCAUUCGGGGAUCGAACCGUCCCUAGUAUCAAUCACCCCAGUCGAGAUGCAGAUGAGGUCAGCCUAAGCAGUUCGAGGGCAGUCAAUUUGCCACGUUCCUCUCGUCGCCGAAACUUGAGUGUCACGAGCAGUGUUCAUCGUCAAUCCCCUAGGACAUCUAAAGACACAUUCCUCCAUGAUCUUCCUGUAGCAGGUACUCCAUACCCCGCUGCUCCAAAUCAGACCGGAUUUAAGCAAACCAAAAGCUCGUCAAUGAGAGGAGUGGAAGCACCACCAGUUGAGCUCAAUAAGGCUAGCUUGGAACACGUGCGAAGGCUUUUACAACAACUCUUGGCGAUGUCCUCGGUACCAAAUGCGGACAGCUGGGAGAAUGCGCUGAUGCCAAUUCUUUUGAAAGCAGCUGAUGAGGUGGACCCAGACGUUCAACGCGGAGAUGAUAUGGACAUACGUCACUACGUCAAGUUGAAGAAGAUCCCUGGCGGUCGGCCUGGUGAUACAUCCUAUGUCUCAGGUUUGGUUUUUACCAAAAAUUUGGCGUUGAAGAGCAUGCCCAGAAGCAUUUUACGUCCAAACAUUUUGAUCAUCACAUUUCCUCUCGAAUAUGCCCGUCAACAACACCACUUUAUGAGCCUUGAGCCUGUUAUUCGACAGGAGCGUGAAUUCCUUGAAAACCUUGUUAGCCGGAUCGCAGCCUUGCGUCCGAAUCUACUGCUUGUUGAAAAAAAUGUCUCAGGGCUAGCGCUCGGUCUUCUUGAGCAGGCCGGGAUCGCAGUUGCAUACAAAGUGAAAGCGUCGGUCCUUGAGGCUGUCUCACGAUGUACUCAAACCCGGAUUGUAACGUCCAUGGACAAGCUUUUGACCACCGCUUUGCAUAGCGAUUGCAUCAGUUUUGAUGUGAAAACAUAUGUCUAUUCUGGGCGUAAGAAGACAUACAUGUAUAUCUCCGGUUGUCCAAAGGAACUUGGGUGCACGAUCGUUUUACGGGGUGGGAACGAAGAAGUCCUCGCGAAGGUGAAAGAGAUUACGGAGUUUAUGGUAUACGUUGUGUACAAUCUACGGCUUGAGACUUGCGUGAUGAGAGAUGAAUUUGCAAAGCUUCCAACAUCAUCUAUCGAUGAUGUGAAGCAAUUGGAAAAUGAAGGGGUAGAUCAGAGCAACUGUCAUGUUGCCACCUCUGGAGGCAACUCGUCUUUGACAGAGUCAGGACUCCUUCCGACUAUGGUUGAAAAGUCUACCGAAGACUUGGAAGGUAAAGCACCUGCAACCACUGAUGCCAUUGAUGUUCCGGACGAUGUCCCAAUGCCAACAUACUUCGACGACAUGAUCCAUGAUCACAAUACAAAGAUCUUGUCAGCGUCGCCUUUUGUCAAAUUUGAAACCCCCUAUCUGCUCAUGCGCACCAGAGAGAUGGAGAGACGGCUAGCCUACUUGAAGCGGCUACGUGACCAAGUUGGACACUCUGAACAAGGUGCUGAGGAGACGGCUGCCAAGCCGCAGAAAUUCAUUCUUAUCACUCCCGAGAUGGUUCACGAAUCUCCCAACGAUGCACCUCCACAGGUCAAAGAAGUAUUACGGGCAGCUCAUGAUGCGGAAUAUGACAGAGUUCUCUAUCACUAUCAGACACAAAAGCGGCAAUGGGAGGCUUAUGUAUCGGGAUGCUCCAGCAUGUUUGAUCCGUACGCGCAUCAGAACAUUGUUGUUCUCUACAGCCUUGUGUGCACCACAACAUCGAUUCCAUGUUCCGGGCCUGACACCUUUGCUUUGGAGUUUUACAACGAGCAUGGCGACGAAGGGAUUUUUGAACCUGAUUGCACAAUUGGGCAAUAUGUCGAAGAACUCUGCCAUACAGCCAACGCUGUCUGUGUAGCUAAUGGUUGCGAGAAGCGUAUGUUUGAGCACCAUCGGCAGUACGUUCAUGGUGAUGCACAGAUCAGCGUUCUUGUCCAGCCCUAUCCAUCAAAACUUCGGGGCAUGCAAGAUACUGUGCUUAUGUGGAGUUGCUGCAAGAUUUGUGGCCAUGAGACUCAAGUCACGCAAAUGUCAGAGAAUACAUGGAAAUAUUCAUUUGGCAAGUACUUGGAAGUGUCUUUCUGGGGAAGGAAUCUACAUGCCCGAGCUGGAGCUUGCCCUCACGAUCUGCAGCGGGAUCAUCUGCGUUACUUCGGUUUCAAAGAUCUUGCGCUUCGAAUUCAGUAUGAUACCAUUCAUCUGCUUGAGGUCAUCGUCCCCCGACCACGUGUAACCUGGAAAGUGGACAAUGACUUGAAGCUCAGAAACGAGGUUUACUUGCGGACCGAGAGACGUAUAAGCAAGUUCAUGUUGUCUGUUCAUGCACGUUUGAAGGGAAUCAAUGUCGAAAGCGUGGUUCCAGAGUUACUCGAUGAGUGCAAGAAAGAGAUUGAUCGCCUGGUCAAGAAGGCAAAUGAACAUCAAGCAGCUUUGAUCCGGCUCUUACAGGACAAAUACAGCGGUUCUCGGUACUGGGAAAUUAUACCCCUGAAUGAAGUCCUCCGGUCUGUUCAAGAGAAAGUGGUUGAAUGGGACACCACUUUCGCUGAGUUUGAACAAAGCUUCUUCCCAUCUGAAAAGGACAUCAAGCGGCUUGCGACCCUGCAGCUAAAGAAAAUUUUCCUUGACAAAGACGCCACAUCCGUGGCCCCAGACUAUGCCUUGCACGCCUCAACCGAUUUGGAAGAUGAGAACAUUCAAGAAAACGAAAAGCCAAGGAUGCGACGCCGUAUGACGCUCUCGCCGGAGAAGGCUCAAGACGUUCUGGUCUCCGUGGUCGAGGAGCAUGCAGGCAAAAAGCACAGAGAGGAUGCAACGGAAGAUGUCGAGUUGCCCCCGUUGCCCGCAGCGACUAGCGACGAAGCUGCAUUUCUGGGAGCAGAUGCUGUUGAUGGCAACGGGUCUUCUCCCCAAGAUGAAGCCGUUUCAAAAGAGGAGGUUCGACACCUCGACCUAGCUGUGCCUUCUGGCCAGUCUGGUCGAUCGCCUCCUGAUUUGAACUUAGCUUUUGGCCAUUCUUUGACACGCUCAGAUACGAUAGACAUUCUGCCUGUGGCUAAUGACGGCGAAGGUUCAUUGGAUGCAUCACCGCCGCCACUGUCGCCGAAAUCAACGCAGCCCUCACAUGAGAGCAGCAAGUUCAAGGACUGUGUGGUACCUCGUUCACCAAGUACCCCACCAAAUAGGCCAUCGGCCAUUCCAAGAUUGACCGAAGGUGCUUUCAGGCGCGCUGGAAAAGCACGUUCUCCCCCAUUGACACGUGCUCAGUCUCAACCUGCACAUCUUCUCAGAGACAAGUCCAUUGGCGGUUCCUCAUCGGGAGGAUUCAAGACAAAUUCCUCUAGUACCUCAGUUGAUAUUAGGAGUGACACCAAUAAAACAGCGGAGAAGAAAUUCACAGAACGCCUCGGUCUGACAGCCCUCAAGAAUGGCCGCUUUACCCCGGGACACUCUCUGAUCCCUCGAUCUACACCGAAGGGGCGGAACAACUCCCGCGUGUCAAACCUUGCUAGACACUUUGAACAACUGAGUCGCGAGUUUGAAAAGGAGAGACAAAAGGAAAGGCGACAGCGAGCUGCUCUAAGCACGCAGUCUCGUGCAUUUCCAUUGGCAUCCUCAAAGCCCAUCGUGGAGGUUUACAGAAACGUCCGAGAAGCGGUGGAGGAACGGGAACCUCCGGUCGAUGGAGAAGAAUCUCCGCCGUCUGUACCGCAGCUUCCAAUGGAGGAAUCAAGUCGCAUGAGUGAGGGCUUCGCGGAUCAGAUCACCCCCGAAGAGCCGUCUCCAGAGGCUGAUCCUCACAAAACGCCCCCUGAUUCAUUUGAGUCUGGAGGUAUUUUCCGCUCUGACUCUCAACUUAUGUCUGAGACCGAGCUAGAGGAGAGCCCCAGCGACGAAGAGCGAGCUACAGCCGAAGAUCUCCAUCCUGUGGAUUCACAUGAAGACACAAAAAUGCUCCCGGAAGACGAUUCGAUGGAUUUCAAGGAUCUAGCCAAGCACGAACGUACAACUCUUUUGAAGAUGUUGACCAAUUUCUGGUCCGAGCGCUCUGCCAGUGGAUGGGCUGCUCUCGAUUACCCCCUCAGUGUUUUGGAUCAUGUCUUCGCUGACUGUGAUAUCAUUGUACGAGAGGAUGAGCCGAGCUCUCUCGUUGCAUUUGCAUUGGACUCGUCUGACUACAAAGAAAAAUUGGCCACUAUUCAGAAACGGUAUGAGAUGGAGGAGAGUGUGCCAGAGGCUGAAGAUGACCCUGAAGUUGCCCGCGAGGCCCGAGUUGAACACGCCCUGUUGCGGCCAACUGGAACCCAUUUGAAAUACCAAUUUCAAGAAGGCCAGGCGAAGAUGCUAUGUAAGGUGUUUUAUGCCGAGCAAUUUGAUGCACUUCGUAAAAAAUGCGGCGUUGCUGAUCGCAUUGUGGAAUCACUUUCUCGCUGUGCGAAAUGGGACUCCAAAGGUGGCAAAACCAAGUCUUUAUUCUUGAAAACGCUUGAUGAUCGGUUCAUCCUUAAAUCUCUGUCUCCCGUUGAAACUCAGGCCUUCCUCAAGUUCGCCCCGGCUUACUUCCAAAUCAUGUCCGAGGCAUUGUUUCACGAGUUGCCUUCGGCAAUUGCCAAAAUGUUUGGUUUCUAUCAGGUUAUUAUCAAAAACCCAGCGACUGGAAUUGAAUUCAACUGGUUCUUGCUGUUAAUGGAGAACUUGUUCUACGACCGAAAGCCGAAUCGCAUCUUCGAUCUCAAGGGUUCGAUGCGCAACCGGAAGGUUGAGAGCACCGGUGAACGGGAUGAAGUACUUCUAGAUGAGAACAUGGUAGAUUUCAUCUACGAAACACCUUUGUUCUCGCGUGAGCACUCCAAGAAGUUGCUUAGCCAGAGCGUGUGGAACGACACCCUUUUCCUCGGCCGCCAGGAUGUCAUGGACUACUCGCUCAUGAUUGCUAUUGAUGACAAGCGCAGUGAAUUGGUUGUGGGUAUUAUCGACUGCAUUCGGACCUACACCUGGGACAAGAAACUUGAGUCGUGGAUCAAGGAUCGCGGCUUUGCUGGUGGUGGUCGCAAUCGUCCAACCGUAACCAGCCCCAGGGAGUAUAAAAGCCGAUUCCGAGAGGCGAUGGCCCGAUACGUCCUCCAAGCCCCGAGCUGCUGGCAUCAAUUUCAACCUAGCGCAAUAUAUCGACACCCACACCCACAGGGCGAGGUGUCCAAUGCAACCGAGUUGGACAUGGAUGAGAAUGCUGAAGUCAGCGUUUAG